AUGCUUUCGAAGUACGGCAAGGUGCUGCAGCAGCCGUCGGAGAUGACGCCCGAUCUCAAGGAGGGGAUUCGAAACUACUUCAAGCCACCCACGGUGAACACACGAGCGGAGCGUCCGGAGAGAGGGGCACAAAGGCCAUGGAAUGUUCCUGUGUGGCGUGUAGCGUGUGGCAGGUGUGCAGGUCGGUGACUCACUGUCUGACGAGGAGCGAGAGGAGCAACAGCUCUUCACGAAGAUCGGAAAGCCAGGGACAGCCAAAUUACGGUAGGGACAACAGAGAACAGAGAACAAACGCAAUGCGCCAUGAGGAACACGUGACGAUUCUGCGCUGCUGUUGUUGUGUGGUGCAGUACAUUUCUGGGGUCUUUGCUUCAUGGCUGCUCUUCAUUACUAUCCUCGGUCGCCUCGGCGGCAGCAUCUGAACAGUCGCCCCGACCGGCAACAGCCCCGGCUACCAGUCAAUCGCCAACAGCGUGUCGAACCUCGCUACGACUGUCCUCAUCGUCGUCCUCCGAAGUUGGUUCAGCCAUUCACUGCAGCGGCUGGGCAAAUCCUGCAGAGACUGCUGCUGCAUGUGCUGUGAUCGGAGCGGCAGAGGUGGAGAUGGCUGCUGUGGCAAGUAUUGGCGCUGGUGUCGUCAGCUCUUCUUCUUUUCGUCCUGCUGCAAGCGGCGCAACCAGACUACGGCCGAAGUCGUCGAUAGACACACCGGCCCGAGGUCGGCCGCAUUCAUUGCCCCAUCACGAGCACAGUCCGACCGCACAGGAACGAGUCCCUCUACUGCACGACCACCAGCAGUAGACUUUCCUCCCAGCCACCCACUUCAAGCCGCCCUCAACAAGUUCCCAUCCUGGUCUGGCAGACAGCAAGUGACGCACGGCAGGCAUGCGGCCAGCGACACUGCAAGGGAGGAAGGCACAUUGGUCGAGAGUAAAGCCAG